CCGAAGGAGGAGGACUUAGAGGGUGCUGGGCAAACUCUCGGAUCGCAGGCGCUUCGGACUGAGAGCACGGGGAGGGGGUGGGUGGGGGGGUCACUGCGCUGCGUUAACAAGGCGAGGGUGAGGAAGACGUGAGGGGCCCGAGGGAACUACUGGGCAUCGUUCAGUGUCCACGCACUGCUGGCGUGGGGCUCGCGCUGCACGGACAGGACCAGGAUUUGAACUCACAACCUUCUGAUUGCGAGCCAUCCAACUGUAGCGCUGAGCCACCUGGCCGGUUUGGCAGGUACUUCCAGUGGCAGGUGAAAUGGUGUGGAAGUUAUCAUGGAAUCAAACGGACCUGCGCUUCAGAUCAUUAAACGCAACAAGAUAAUCAUUCAAAAGUGUCUACAUGGAAAUCUGCACACAGCACUCGAUCAAUCAUGUCAGGAAAGUAUGCUUACGGACAAUGAAUACAAGACUGCUUUUGCUGAAGCUAACCCCGUUCAACAAGCUCGGUACCUUGUUAACCUGAUGAUUGACAAGGGAGAGGCAGUCUGUAUGAAGUUUCUGCAGGUUGUACUGGUACCACUGAGAUCAGAAAGCCAUCCCUUGGAUGAGUGGAUCACCGUGAAUGAAGAGGAGCUGCGUGGAAUGGGCAUCAGAGUGAGCAACACCGAGAACCAUGUCAUCCGUGGAGAAGCUUUCCGAAAACAUAUGAAUAAAUACAAAACGUAUUUGAAAAAGCUAACUGCGGUUUCACAUGACUACAAUGCAUUGCCUGGAGAAUUCACAAACUUAUUAGAGAAGAUGGUUAGUCCUGUGCUGGUGCAUUACUACCACAGGGAUGAAAAGAAGACGCACGAGUUCUUUGGAAGAGCCAAUGACCACGAGAGGAUGAUGCAGGAAGCAAAUUGCAAUGGGAUCACCUACGAGGAACUCUUUGAUCCGAUGAAAUCCAACGGAGAGAUACCUCGUCUGGUCGUUGUGGUCGGAGUCCCUGGCAUUGGUAAAACCACCAUGAGCAAAUUCAUUGUGAACAGAUUGUCAACAGCUGGCGACAUCAUAUUUGAUCAAAAAUUCGAAAAUGUUGUCUACGUACGAUUCAGAGAGCUAAAUGAAAUAGGUGAAGUGUCACUCAAGGAUCUGCUUGGAAACGUGCAUGCUGACUUGGGAAAGGUGGCUCAUGAAUUGAUUGAAGACCCAGCAAAGUUAUUGUUUCUAAUGGAUGGUUUGGAUGAAUUUGGAAGGUGUCUUGAUUUAUCCAAGGCUUGUAAUGAUCCAAACAAGAAAACAAAUGUAGAAGCCGUCAUUGCUGGUUUGGUGACGGGAAGGCUUCUGCUCGAAUCCUCCAUCCUGAUUACCACGCGACCCCUAGCGAUGGAGAAGCUGGAUGAAGCAAAAGUGGACCGUGCCGUUGAAAUCGCCGGGUUUUCUGCAGACGAGAGGAAAUCAUUUUUCCACAAGUUCUACAAAGACAACGUGCUAGGUGAGAGAGCAUAUCAGCUUCUGGAGCAAAAUACACUCUUGGGUAGUUUGUGCUACAACCCUUCAUUUUGUGAGAUGGCAGCCAUAACCAUUGAGGAUCAAAUAAAGAAUAGAGGUACACCUGAGUUUUGCCCACAAUCUACAACCGAACUCUUCACACGUUAUAUCUUUGUCCUCAUCAAGCGCCAUAGAAACAAAGCAGCAGGGGAAAAACACAUUGCGUCUAUUGCUAAAAUGGCUUUAGAAGGUGUUCAAAACAACUUCCAGAUAUUCACACAAGCACACCUGCAAGAGUUUGAGAUUGAAGCUGAUGAAGUUUCAAGCACAUUUAUCAAUAAUGUGUUUAAAUGCGAUGGCGUGAAGCGUGAUACAUGCUAUUCAUUUUCCCACCUGACAAUUCAAGAAUAUUUUGCGGCCUUAAGUGUAUAUUUGCAACCAACACAUUCAUUCUUCAGACAGCUGUGGGAUCGAAUACGUCCAUCAAAAUAUUCAGUUUCUCACAUCCUAAUGAAUAUUAACAAUGAACAAGACGGGCGGUAUGACGUGUUUCAGAGGUUCCUUUGCGGACUGGCAUCCAACACUCCCUGGACGAUCUUAGAAGGCGUCCUUUCUAGGCCAUCCGCUGGUUCUCAAAACAAGGUCAAGGAAUGGAUCAGACACAACAUAGUGAACCACAUGGGAGACAAACAGAGGCUCAUCAGUCUGCUUCAUUGCGUGUAUGAGCUACAAGACCCAAAGGCCUUGAGCAACGUCACUCGAUCCAUGACAGAGAUUGACUUUUCACACACAAAGCUGUCCCCGCUGGACUGUACUGCAGUCACCUGGCUUCUGCAGUAUCGAGAUGAACCAUUGGAGAAAGUCGACGUAGAGUCAUGCGGAAUCGGCACUGAAGAAAUCAAGAGACUCCAUCCUGGACUGCACAAGUGUAAAGCAUUGUGGCUUGGUGGAAACGACCUGAAGAAUGAGGGAGUCAGGAUCCUGGCGAACGGAAUGAAGGGGAUAGAUGGGCAAUUGGAAGUCCUUUACCUGAUCGGCUGCUCACUGACAGUCCAUGUCGGUCCUGCACUCCAAGACAUCAUCAAGGCCAACAAAGAAUUGAGGGAUCUCAGGCUGAGCGGGAACCAGAUAAGGGACGCAGACUUCCAGCUCCUGGCGCAUGGGAUGGCGAGGAGAGAAGGGCGUUUGGAGACGUUGCAAAUUAAUUACUGCGCAUUGACGGACCAAUCAUGCCGUGCAGUGCGUGACAUCAUCAGGGCCAACUCAUGCUUGACGAGUCUCUGGCUAGGUGGUAAUAAGCUCAAAGACCAAGGAAUCAAGCUCCUGGCGGAAGGGAUGGCGGGGAGAGAAGGACAUUUGAAGGAGUUAUUCUUGCAGGAAUGCCUGCUGACGAGCAUGUCAGGUCCUGCACUCCACGACAUCAUCUAUGCGAACCCAGGCUUGAGGGAAGUCUGGUUGAGUGGCAAUGACUUCCGUGCAGAAGAGAAGAUGGAGUUGAAGAGGAGAUGGACUCACAGAGAAGAUCUGAAGAUUACAUUUUAAUCUGAGAAUACCCAGACGUUGGAAAAUUAACUCACAGAGCAGCUCCGUUAAUUUCAUUUAAGUGGUUUUUAAGAAUUUGGAGAUAUCCAUCAGAGAGACGCAAUCGGAAAAGACAGAUGUUAAAAGCAGGACAAAAUGUAAAUGUUGCGCUGAACUUGAACUUUUUUCGCACCGUACGUAGCCAACCUUGCUAAUAGGAGGUGCGGGGGAAAGACAACAUAAUAUCUACGUAUACAUGAUUAAAUAAAGAGAGAUUAUUCAAUAAAGAGGUGGAAGAGAGCAGAUUGGAGCGCUUUUGGAACUGGACAAUGUACGCAACAUAGCCAUGUUAAGUAGAACGUCUUUGAUGCAUCACUAUCUGCUAUGACACAUGAAUCAAUAGCAUGGUCGUGAAUGAUAUAAUCGAAACUAAAACUUAACACUGUGCAAGAUAGCAUGGGGAGAUGUUUGCUCAGAAUCGCAUUGAAGCAGAAGGGGGGGUGACAUGUUUUAGAUAACACAAGCCAGGUUACACGCACCGCGAAAUGUGCUGGAGUGAACAUCGACCGCGGAGAAUGGAGUGAUGGAAUCGGCUUCGUGUGCCGGUGCUCGGCGCAUUAUUACAAGAAAGGAUCGUGACAUAUCGCGAUGGCGUGGGGGAGACCUUCAUCCAGCAGUGGAUAGAGCACGGGUGGUGAUUGACGAUCAACGCUGGCCCCCCGAGCUGCUAUUGACGAAUGUGUUGGGGAGUUUGUUUGUUGGUUUGACAAUCCGGGCCGAGUUGACAGACACGCGCUGACGUCUGUAAUGUACUUUUUUUAUUUACAGAGAAGUACACGUGCAUGAUUACCACGAGCAGAAUUUGCCGUAAUCACUUGGAAUGAAAUUUUGGCUUCAUAGGAUGCUAGUUUACACGACAGUAGAAUUAACACAACUCCUCUUUCCCUUUGUGGAGGUGAAAACCAUUGGAAGUUGUUGGAGGCUGCAUGACUAUGGUGGCAUUCCGCAAUAAGGAGAUUGAACGCGAUGUACAGAGUGUUGAGACAAAACAAGCAAACAUCCUGUCGCACAUGUGCUGGCUUGCGACUCGCUGAGACCAUUCGGUGUCCCAUGUGAAGACCGCGGCGUUGGACCCAACAUUUCAAAAAUUGUAAAU